AUGUUCUUCUUCUUCGUCUGUGGCGAACACACCUUUCGCAAGGAGCUCCCCGGCUAUGAGGGAGUCAUUUGCCAAUGCCACCACUGCGGUAACAUGUCCGGCCACGUCCUCCACCGCCGGCCCUUCUUCACCUUUUGCUUCGUGCCCCUCAUCCCAUUCACCAUCAGCGGGUACAAGGACAUCGUCUGCCAUAUCUGCAACCACGCCCAGCCUCUGGAAGCCCGCCCGGACGUCCAGGCCAUGGCCAACGGCGGCGCAGGCCCCGGGGGGCCGACGCAUCAGGGCCCGCCUCCCAACCAGCAGUACCAGCAGGGCCCUCCGCAGCCCGACUACCAGUACAAGCAGCAGUCUGCGCCUGGUCAGCCGCCGCAGUACCGCUGA